ACACGGUUAACACCCAAAGAGAACACGGGAAAGCGUCGUUUACCUGUUUCGGAGGACUACGCGCGGGCGCCAUUCACGCUAACAGUUUCCCGAAUCGUCCACAUAACCUCAAUCGAUUGCGGACUAAACUCCACACUUUCAUCGCUUAUAUAUAUCAAGAAGGGGCAAACGUGUCUGAUGGUCUGAAUAAAUCAAUCUUUACUUGGUUAUACACAAAUGGCUCCUGUUACAGUCCUCAUCACCGGCGCAUCCGGCUUCAUUGCUCUUCACGUCAUUGACGAGCUCCUUCGUAAAGGCUACAGAGUCAUCGGAACAGUCAGAUCGCAAUCCAAGGCUGAUAAAAUUACCGCUCAGUUCAAGAAGGUGUACCCAGACGGUGAUUUGUCCUUUGAGCUUGUUGAAGACAUUGCCGCUGAAGGUGCCUUUAACGAUGUGUUCAAGAAGCAUCCAGAGAUUACCGAAGUGUUACACACUGCGUCUCCGUUCUCCUUCGGGUUGAACAAGUCCUUUGAGGAUGCUUAUUUGACUCCAGCUACAAAGGGUACUCAACACGUAUUGGAGGCAAUCAAGGAAUAUGCACCACAGGUCAAGCACGUUGUUGUCACCUCCUCGUUUGCUGCUAUUGCCAACAGAUCCAAAUCUGGUGAUAAGAGUUUCAUCCACACAGAGGACACCUGGAACCCAAUUGAAUGGUCAGACGUUGACGAUCAGUACAAGGCCUAUACUGCUUCUAAGAAGUGUGCUGAGGUGCUUGCUAGAAAGUUUGUCGAGGCUGAGAAGCCAAAUUUCACCUUGACCACUGUCAAUCCGCCUUAUGUUCUUGGACCACAGCUGUUUGAAGACGCAUUGGAGAACCCAACACUGAACACGUCUGCUGAGAUAGUUCAUCAACUGCUCUCCACACCGGCAGACUACGCCGAAUACCUCAGUGCACCUGUAGGUCUGUCAGUUGAUGUACGUGACGUUGCAAAGUUGCACGUACUUCCAAUCGAGAAGGACUCUCUUGCAGGGCUCAGAUUGUUCCCUGUGAAUGGCGCGUUCAACGGACAAACCCUUUUGAACAUCAUCCACAAUUCAUUCCCAGAGCUCGAUGGCAAGGUUGGUAAGGGUAAACCUGAGGGUGCUGAGGAACAGGUUGCAAAGACACAGGCUUACUACGACACAACAAAGACUCAACAGGCCACUGGGUUGACAUGGAUCCCACUGGAAAAGACCGUGAAGGACUCUGUUGCACAGAUCUUGUCCUACAAAGCACACAAAUUGUGAGCUCUGUAUAGCUUCUCUCUGCUCUUACCCUUACUUAUGUAUAAAACCAACCGGUAGUUCAAAUACAUCCCAACACCAAAUUGACCGAGUAGGCUCCGCAAACCCGAAGCGCGCAAAAUUGGCGA